CGCCUUACAGGUCGUGUAUUCAUUAAGCAUCAAGUUUACUCCAAAAACUCCAAGUCAUCAUGUCUGGCCGUGGCAAAGGUGGUAAAGCAAAGGGAAAGUCAAAGACUCGUUCCAACCGUGCUGGACUCCAAUUCCCAGUUGGUCGUAUUCAUCGUUUACUCCGUAAAGGUAACUACGCUGAACGUGUUGGUGCUGGUGCACCUGUCUACUUGGCUGCCGUUAUGGAAUAUUUGGCUGCUGAAGUUCUCGAGUUGGCAGGUAAUGCUGCUCGUGACAACAAAAAGACCAGAAUUAUUCCACGUCAUCUUCAAUUGGCCAUCCGUAACGACGAAGAGUUAAACAAACUUCUCUCUGGUGUAACCAUUGCCCAAGGUGGUGUCUUGCCAAACAUCCAAGCUGUUCUUUUACCAAAAAAGACUGAAAAAAGCAGUGCUUAAAUUCAACAAGCCAUCAAUAUCAAACCAAUCGGCCCUUUUCAGGGCCAUCAAUUAAUUCAAAACGAUAUGUUAUAAUCUUUGAAUUUUCGUUCAAUACGAUUCAUAAAUUUUCCUUCUUUUUUUUAAAAAAAAAAACAAAUUCUGGAUUACUCUAGAAAUUUAAAAUAAUUUUUCUGUGGCUUUUAGAACAAUGAAAAAAAUAGAUACUCGUUACCAAAUUUUAAUUAAAAAAAUCAAUACAUUUUUACUCCAUAAAUUUUGGAGUAGUUUAUUUGUUUAUAUUUUCCUGCACACAUGUUUAUUAUUUUGCUCCGAAAUUUUGGAGUAAAAUGCACUCGCAUGCCUAUGUACUUAUAUUGGUCGUCUGCGCAACGCUCAAUUAUUGAUUUUUCUCAAGACUCACACAGCGUUGAACACCUGUCGAUCUCUAUGUGUAUGUGUCCGACAUACCAAUGCCUAGAAUUUAUAGAAAUGGGUUCCUUCAAUAGAUAGUAUUUUUCGACAACAAAUCGGAGUAAACAAAAUUUAUUAUAUAUGUAUAAGAUUUAUUUCAAUCAAAAUAAUUUUGUAUUUAAUUUAUUGUAAAAAAAAUAAUAAAUGUAAAU